AAAUCCGCCCCCAUUUCCAUUUUUCCAUUUUCUUUUUUUGUUUCACUCCCUAUAUAAACAACCUUUCGUCCUUACACUUAACUCAUACACUUCUCUUUCAGCCUUUUGCAUUCUCCGAUCUCCUUUACUUUUUGAUCUGUUUUUUUCUCCGUCGCCAGUCUGAAUCAUGGGAAAAGUUAAGAUUGGAAUCAAUGGAUUUGGAAGAAUCGGUCGUCUUGUUGCUAGAGUUGCCUUGCAGAGUGACGAUAUCGAACUCGUUGCUGUUAAUGAUCCGUUCAUUACCACUGAUUACAUGACCUACAUGUUCAAGUAUGAUAGUGUACACGGCCAGUGGAAGCACCAUGAUAUCAAGGUUAAAGACAGCAAUACUCUUCUCUUUGGGGAGAAAGCGGUCACCGUUUUCGGUACUAGGAACCCGGAGGAGAUCCCAUGGGGGAAGGUUGAAGCUGAAUAUGUUGUUGAAUCCACUGGAGUUUUCACUGACAAGGACAAGGCUGCUGCUCAUUUGAAGGGUGGUGCAAAGAAGGUUAUCAUCUCUGCACCAAGCAAGGACGCCCCAAUGUUUGUUGUUGGUGUUAAUGAGAAGGAGUACAAGCCAGAGCUCGACAUUGUGUCCAAUGCCAGCUGUACUACCAACUGUCUUGCUCCAUUGGCGAAGGUGAUCAAUGAUAGAUUCGGUAUUGUUGAGGGUCUCAUGACGACUGUCCAUUCCAUCACUGCAACCCAGAAGACUGUUGAUGGACCAUCAAUGAAGGACUGGAGAGGUGGAAGAGCCGCUUCCUUCAACAUUAUUCCCAGCAGCACUGGUGCAGCUAAGGCCGUUGGUAAAGUGCUGCCCGCUCUAAAUGGAAAGUUGACAGGAAUGGCUUUCCGUGUUCCCACUGUUGAUGUCUCAGUUGUCGACCUUACUGUUAGGCUUGAGAAGAAGGCCACUUACGAUGAGAUCAAGGCUGCCAUCAAGGAAGAAUCCGAGGGCAAGCUGAAGGGAAUUCUUGGGUACACAGAAGAUGAUGUUGUUUCAACAGACUUUGUUGGUGACAGCAGGUCAAGCAUUUUUGAUGCCAAGGCUGGCAUUGCUUUGAACGACAACUUUGUGAAACUCGUCACUUGGUAUGAUAACGAAUGGGGAUACAGUUCACGUGUUGUUGACCUGAUCCGUCACAUUAGCUCUCAGAAGUAAGGAGUUUCUCUAAAGAUGCUGCGUUGGAGCGUUUGGAUUUUUGGAUUUUCUCAGUUGUUAGGCCCUGUCAUUCAGAACAGGGGAGGAAUUUUAAUUUUAGCGUUCGAGUUUGAAUAACUGAGGGAAUUGGAACUUUGUGUUUUGUACCCUCCCAUCUUAUUUCGGGGAAGAAUUUGAAACCCUCUUCUUUUUUCCUUUGAAAUGAUAAGUUGGUACUUUUUUUCUUACC